AUGCCGCGCUCCUUCCUGGUGAAGAAGCACUUCUCGGCCAGCAAGAAGCCCAACUACAGCGAGCUGGAGAGCCAGGCCGUGCUGGCCGCCCCGCUGCUGUACGAGACGUGCCCGCUGCCCGUCAUCCCCCCGCCCGAGGUGCUCGGCCCCGGCGCCUACUACCCGCCGCUGGUGUGGGACGCGGGGCUGCUCUCCAGCCUCUUCCCGGGCGGCCCGGGCAGCGAGGCGGCGGGCGGCGCGGCCCCCGCCCUGGACCUGACGGCACUCUCCAGCGAGGAGGAUGAAGGCAAGAGCUCGGGGCCCCCCAGCCCGGCCUCGGCCCCCGCCGCCGCCGAGCGCUUCCGCUGUGCCCAGUGUGCCAAGGCUUACUCCACCUUCGCCGGGCUCUCCAAGCACAAGCAAUUGCACUGCGACGCCCAGGCCAGGAAAUCCUUCAGCUGCAAGUACUGCGAGAAGGAGUACGUGAGCCUGGGGGCUCUCAAGAUGCACAUCCGGAGCCACACGCUGCCCUGCGUCUGCAAGAUGUGUGGCAAGGCCUUCUCCCGGCCCUGGCUGCUGCAGGGCCACAUCCGGACGCACACCGGUGAAAAGCCCUUUUCCUGUACACACUGCAACCGGGCCUUUGCUGACCGCUCUAAUCUCCGAGCCCACCUGCAGACCCAUUCAGAUGUAAAGAAGUACCAAUGCAAAACCUGCUCCCGGACUUUCUCCCGUAUGUCACUGCUCCACAAGCAUGAGGAGACGGGCUGCUCCGGCUCUCGCUGAGGACUGCGCUCCCCCAGGCCUCUCACCACGCAAAUACCUAUAUUAUAACUAGUUUCUGUAGGAGUUAGUUUCCUCCGUCGCCAUCGCAGUGUGCACUGGGCCGGACGCAGCUACUCCGGCGCUCGAGACCCUCACACUCCUCGCUUGGUGCCUCCUGUGCAAUGCGAAGGCCUGAUCCUUCUCCCGCCCCGGCGUCUGAGGGUGCAGGGUUGGACUCCGGUGCAAAGUGUGGGUGGCAAAGCGAGCGUGUGAAACUCGGGGUGCGCAGCCCUGAGCCCGACCCGCUGCUGCCGCAGCCCCUCACAGGUGCCCCCGCUUGCCGGAGGCACUCGGCACCUUCCAG